AUGCUCAAAGUGGUGGUCACUUCUGGAAGGCAGCCAGGAAUGAGUUGCCUUCUGCAACAUGAGAUCCAGAGAUCUAUAAAAGAAGUUCAUUCUUCUACCAGAAUAAAUCAUCACGCACCGAAAGUUGUAGGAUCAACAAAUUUACCAGUCAAAGUUUAUGUCAGACAGCAUCAUAACAGCCCACAUAUUCUAUGUUUAACAAAUCAUCUGAGAAAUUCAGAAUUGAUCGACCCAAUAUUUGAGUGGCAUGGACCAAGUGGUGAUUUGGUUACAGGAAACGAAUCUCUGACAAUAUCCCCAUCAGGAACUCUUGUAUUCCAACAUUUCAAAUCUUAUAUGAGUGGAGUUUACACAUGUUCUCUAGUGUUUAAGCCUACUACUGAGCAAGAAGAAAAAAGCUAUUUAAUUAAAUAUGUUAUUUACGCUUAUUCUGAUCCUAAAUUUUACUAUGAGUUUACAGCUCGGUAUCAUUCAGCUCCCUGCAAUAGUAUCUAUAAUAAUUCUUUUGAAAAGAAGUUGCUUCAGAUAUUGGCCAAGCUUGUUACGGAGCUAGCCUGUGAGAUUUCAUUACAAAAGUCUGAAUGUCAUCAUGUAAAAAUGCAGAGAGCUGGAAUGCAAAACGAGCUAUUCUUCACUUUUAAAGUUUCUUCUAUAGAAGCAGUAAAAGGCAAAAGUAUGUGUUCGAGCGAUGUAUGUGAUGUAUCAAGAAGAUUACGAAAGGCAAAAGACCUAAUAGAGAAAUUCUUUAGCCAACAAGUUGAAGUUCUUGGAAAAAGAACAGCACCACUACCUGAAAUAUACUACAUUGAAGGCACUUUACAAAUGGUGUGGAUUAAUCGCUGUUUUCCAGGUUAUGGAAUCAAUUCUCUGCUACAUCCAGAUUGCCCUAAUUGUUGUGUGGUUUGCAGUCCAGGAUCAUUCAACCCUCAUGAAGGAACUCAUUGUCUUCCAUGCAACAGAAGUCUGGCAUAUGGAGCCAAACAUUGUUACUAGACUGUUAACAUAAUCCUUUCGCUAUGUUUAGUAACUUUCCUGUACUUUACAACUUUACAAUCCAAAUAAAAGGAUUUUUCAAAAAAAAGUUUAUAUAUUUAUAUUACAUUGUUACAUUUGUAUGAGGAAUACU